AUACGUUACUUCGGAACGUCCGAGAAGUUAUUAGUAGAAGUUGCUCUUGUGUGGAUACAUUUAGGCCGUAAAUAGUCGUGUUUCCUUUAAUUCAGAUACGCGCGUAUGUUUAUUUUACUUCGCAGGAAACAUAAAAUUACGUCAUGGCAACGUACAAUUAGCGUCUAACGACAGUCCGUUGUUGUAGCAAAGCCUUUCGGGAGCGGUGAGACGCCAUCUAAAGUUGUUGCCAGAGAGCAAAAAUUGUGACAUAAUGGCGCAACUUUUAGCGAUAGACGGCAGCAGAGUGGCGUUCUUUAUGAUUUAAAUCAAUAAGUGUAUUUGUGAUUGUACUAAGUGUUUCAUCGAACUCAGUUUUCUGUGUUGUAUUUUCGGUGAAGUUUUCUCUAAACGGAAAGGCAAUAUUGUAGCAUCUACAGAAGAGGGUAGUGGGACAUUUCCCAACCGACUCGAUUGGCGUAAACAAAACGAAUAUACCAGUCAUCUUUGUGAACAUUAAAAUGAGUGCCCCUGCUGUGAAACAGUCACUCCCAGCUUCUGGAACUCCAACUAAAGUUGGCCCAGGUGCACCUGCUUCUGGGGCUGCAAAUAACUCUCAGUCAGCAGGUGUACCAAAACUGUCAGCUGUGAGCCCAGCUAAGCCACCAGCAUCAGGAAAUGCUAAUCACAAUGUAUCAAAUAUGCCUCUUAGUUUAGUUCAGGAACACAAAAAUGGAAGCGGUCAGAACCAGACCGUGUCUGGGCCACCAAGAGGAUCUGACAAGAACAGAGAUCUUGCACCUUCAAGUGCUCUGAAACCUACAUCAAAUGGUGUGGAAGGGUCCCCAACUAAGCCCCAACACAGUUUAACAAAUUCAGGAAAUGAUAAGAAGUCAGAUGAAUCACAAGCAGUUGCAAAUCAUUCAGCUGAUUCAAGUGUCACAUUACCUACAUCCCAGACAACACAACAAUCAGUUCUGCCAACACAGCAGGGAACACAGUUACAGUCUCAGUUGCAGUUACAACAACUGCAGAUGCAGCAGCUGUUACCACAGCAACAGAUGAUGUCACAACAGCAAAUUGUACCCCAACAGCAACAGUCACUGAUGCAACAGCAGAUGUUGCCACAGCAACAACAGCAGCAACAAUCACAGUUUAUGACACAACAUGGGAUGCCAAGACCAUCCCAACAAAUACUACCACAACAGCAAAUGAUCGCGCAACAACAUAUGAUUGCACAGCAGAAGCAACAGAUGCUAGGGCAACAGGGAAUCGGUCAACUCGUAAUACCCCAACAACAAAUGCAGACACAACAGAUGAUACAAGCACAGCAACACCUGCAAGCCCAACAGCAUCUACAAGCACAGCAGCAACAGAUGCAAGCACAGCAAUUACAACAGCUGCAGGCUCAACAGCACAUGCAAGCUCAGCAUGUUCCAGGGCAGCAACAGAUACAGAAUCAAGCACACAUGCAAGUGCAGCAACAGCAGCAUCUCCAACCUCCACAUAUUCAGACACAGCAGCAGAUGCAACAUAUGCAACCACAGCAGCAAGCACAACCUCAGUUACAAGUGACACCACAAUCUGUACAGCAGCAGGUUCAGCCAUCUCAGCAACAAAAUUCAACAAUAUCACAUUCAGUGCAACAAGCCCAAGCACAACAUGGGAAAGGGCAACAGCAGUUGCAAGAGCAGCAGCCACAACAACAGAACCAAGGAGAGAAACAGCCAUCUACGGUGCAGGAUAACCAGGAAACGCAGACACAACCAAACUCUGGACUGGAGGGCCAAGAAGUGUCGACUGCUGUUACGUUGACGACAGCUGUCGCCAGCAGUGUACCAGAAAGUGAAACAGAAGAGCAGAAACAGGGGGAAAAAGAACAAAAUUCCCAAGCAGAAACAAGUGGAAAGGAGCGGACCCCUAAAGAUGAAAAUGUAACGUCAGAGAACACAGAAACACCUUCAAGUACAGCAGGUUCUGAUGCUAAGAAAGAAGAGACAGAGACUGCAAAACCAGAUGCAUCAAGUGCUGUUACAGAAGUGGCACAAAUUGCUGAGACAGAAGAUAACGUUGUUGGAGGUUCUGGAGCUGAUUCAAAUGGUGAUAUGCCCAGUGCUGGUCCGUCAACCUCUGAUAAUCAGAUAGCAGGGCCCUCUUCAAGAAGUGAUUCAUCAAAAUCUCGGGCUGAUGGUCCAAAAUCUGAAUUUAAAGUUGCGACGCCUCCAAGAAGCAGCAAAAGAAAACGUGAGACAAAGCCCAAUGAGGCAGGUAAAUCUGAUGCAAAAGACACCGGUGAGGAGCGCAAGUCAAAACGUGUUCGUACCAGGACACAACCUUACCAGGCUCCAUUACCAGAACUGCAGUACAUUUCCAAACUAAAGACAUUGAUGAAGUCACCAGAUGACAGACUCAUAGUCUUCUACAAGAAUGAGUUUUUAGCUGUACGAAAUACAGAAGGAGGUUUUUUUGUGUGCCAAACUCUCCAAAACAUUUAUAGAAGCAGUCCUCGUAUUCGUAUACGUUGGUUGUCAGAACAAGAGCCAAAGGAAAAAGACUCCAAUGUGUAUAUUCCUGACUUCUAUGAUGCUACAGAUUUUGACUGUAUACUUACUAAUUUGGAUUUGAAGAAAGUGGACAAAAACAAAUAUGAGCUUCCCAAUGGAGAGAGGUCUCGUACUGAAAACAUAUUGACACGUGCACUACAAUUUGAGAAGGGAGUGGAGAAGCCUUCUGUGACUGAAGAACAUCCUGAUGGUCUUGAUUUAUCUUUAUAUAAAGAUGAAGCUCAGUUGAAGAAAAAGAGGAAUUCGAAGAAGCGAGUGUCAAAGAAAAGAACUUCUGCUGGGACUGAAGGAGGACCAAGCACAUCAGCUGCUGAUGCUGAGAGUGGUGAACCUCCAGCUAAGACAGCUCGUAAGUCAAAAUCCACCAAGAAAACUGGGAAAGCAAAACCUCCUUCAAAGGAAAAACCUAAGGCUAAGGACAAGGAGGGAUCAAAGAAACCAGAGCGUGAUAAUGCACGUGAGAAGCGAAAUAGUGCUAAAAAGAAAACUGAGAAAAGUGAAUCGAGCAACAAAUCUAAAAAGAGCUCGUCUACAGCUGCAAAAGUGACUACAGAGAAAAAGAACAUCAAAACUACACCAACUAAAAAAACAGAUUCAGCUGAAACCUCUAUUCCAACAAGGUCUGCAAAAACCAGAAGUGUUAAAGCUGGAGCUGCCCCUUCAAAGACUUCACCCAUUACUAGGACAAAGGAGCGUGAACGCAGGGGGGUUAAUGCUAAGGAGAGAAAGAAACCAGGCAAGAAGGCCUAAGACAGUGAGUGAGUGAUGUAUCGUUAUCAAAUUAACAACUCUUAAGGGUGGAUAUAUGUGGCAGGGAGAAACAUAUCUUUCUGUCUAAGUGUUUUUAUCAGCCCACAACUAUAUGGACCUGUUGAUAGUAACAAGUGAAUAUUUUAUACCUGACAUAAAGUGUUUUAUUGCACCCAACAAAUCUUUUACUUUUUAAUGGAGUCUAUUACUUUUGUUCUAAAUCAGAUAUUAUAAUGAUUUAUGGCUGUUGUAAUGGUUAUUGGCAGAAAGAGAACUGGAUGGACAUGGGACAGGGUACAAGAUGAUUUGGAAGUCUUGUAAAAUGCAAAUUUGAUUGCGGUACUUUGUACCGUUAAGUUGGGAUAGAAUGUGUAUCACAUGAUGUGUUCUGCAUCCCAGAUUAUUGUGAUGUUUCUUAUUGGAUCUGAAAAGUGAAUUGCUGCUGUUGGCAUCUUGGAGAUAAAUAUCUCCAAGGAGAAGGUGGGAUCAUUAUCAUCUGCACAGUGUUUUAUCUUAUUGCUGUUUCAUGGCAUAUUUGUAGAAAAGAAAAAGAUGAUAUGAAUGGACAGUUGUUGAGAUUUGCUUUAACUCUUCAGUGAAAUUUACAUAGAAAUGUCGUUUCUGUAAAACAUUUUUCUAGUGUAGUAGCAGCUGUUUCUAUAUAUUUUUCCCAACUGCUCCAAAAAAUACCUUACCAUUUCCCAAUGACCGCUAAAAUUAAGAAUUUAUUGUGACUGUACUUUCACUGCAUAUAUUUAUUCCACGGUGCAACAACUUGUUGCCACAUGCUAGCUCUGACACAGAGUUGCUCUCUGUUUUCUCAGCCAAUGCUGAGUUUGAAUUGCAUGUUGUUGAAUUUUAAGUGUGUGUGUGUGUGUGUGUGUGUGUGUGUGUGUGUGUGUGUGGUGGUCUUGGGGAAGGGAAGGGUUUGUGCAUAAUGUGUGUGCUCCCCCCCCCCCCCCCUCCCCCCCAAUUUGCCCAUAAUUCCUCCUUACCUAUGUGUGCGUGUGCGUGUGCGAGCGAGCGUGAUUUUUCUGGGAGGGGGGUUGUGUAUUGCGCAUGUGCAUGCUCCCCCCCCUCCCCCAAUUUGCCCAUACUCCCUCCUUACCCAAAUAUAUAUAUAUAUAUAUAAAUAUAUGUGUGUGUGUGUGUGUGUGUGUGUGUGUGUGUGUGUGUGUGUGUGUGUGUGUGUGUGUGUGUGUGUGUGUGUGUUGGACUUUUUAAUUAUAAGCAGCUUGAAAAUUAGUGAAGACAAGAGAGUGACUUGAAACAAAGCAAAAGCAACUUCACUGAUGACAUUGAAAAUAUUUGCAUAUGUGUGUAUACAGAAAUAUAUGUCCGUGUAUGUUUGAGCUCAUGUGUUCUUGCCGUGUGUAGGUCUAUGUGAGGCUCAUUUAAAUGAAAAUAAAGUAUAUAUCAAUUUUAGUGAAGUGUAACAUUGUAAUCAAAACUUGUUUUUAAUAGACCACUUGCUUAGUAGUAAGCAGACUUUGUUGUUUAUUUCUUUCACACUGAAAUUUGUUAAGAACUGAAAGAAAUGUAAAAUGAAAAACAGGAAAGUAUGCCAUUAGCUAGUUAAAUCACCAAGAGUAUUGUCUGUGUUUCUAUGUGGUAGAUUGUAGUUAUUAUUCUAUUAUUACUACAUAAUGGUUUUAUGUUGUGAUUAGUAGUGCACAUUAAUCUGAGUGUAUGAAUGUUAUAAUUGGAAGCUGUAGAGGACAAAUUCCAGAUACAGCAUUUAUGGCAAAAAAAUCUUUGUUCAGUGUUUGUGUGUGUGUUAACUAUUGUGUUACCUGCAAAUUCUGUGGGUAAGAAAGUAGCAUUUCUGUUAAGUGUUUUUGGGGGUAUUUAAGUACAUACAUGUUUAGUCCAAGCUUCACCAUAAGAAACUGCUUGACAGCAUAAUGGUAUAACUUGUAAUCGUUAUGGCUACUAUUUUAGUCUUUUCAGUUUUUAACAUUUUACAUCUCAGGCUGCCCCAGCAAUUUGCAAUCACGAAUCAGAUUAUCAGCGUGUCUAUAGCAUAAUUUUGGAGAUUUUCGAUUUAUCUCAUGGUUAAUUAUGUAUAUGGAAGCAGUAUGUUUUCAUCAAUAAAUAGUGUAGUUAAUUUUUAAGUUAUUCAUUGUUCAUUUACAUUACACUUCACUUCCUCUUCAUGUCAUUCAUGUACAGCUGUACACUCUUCAGAUUAUGUACAAACAUAAAUCAUGAAAUCUCAGAGUAAAAGUAAAACACGUGUAAACUAUAGUAAAGAUAGAUAAUACGGUAUUAUUUGCAAUUUGUACCAAAUGUUAACUUUUGGGCGUACAUACGCGCGUGUGUGUGUGUGUGUGUGUGUGUGUGUGUGUGUGUGUGUGUGUGUGUCCCUCUUUCAUUCAUGAUUAAAUGUACAGUGUUAGAUCCAGGACAAAACGUAAUGCAAACAGUGAAAGCUAUCCAAACUAUAAAUAAAUUUUCUUGUAAAUUUUAUAUUUUGGGAAUCUGGAAGACUACUUGCCUUUCAUUAAUGGCCCCUGUAAUAGAGAGCCAUUCAAAUGAGUCUUUAGACUGUGGACGAGACAACUACAAUGUCGACGUUUACCAACUUCUCAAGCUUUUUCACCAUCCCCCCCCCCCCCCCCCCCCCCCUCCCGUCUUGGUGGACUUGACUAUGGUUUCUGAAAGUUUGAUUCUCCAGCUUAUAUUGCUAUAUGCUUUGCCCUGGCAAAUAUUUUCAACAAUGAUGACCAAUUAUCUGUCUUUAAAGUAGUUUAAUUCAACAUAUUGUCAUAUAUGUAUAUAAUUGUUGUGAUCCAUGUUAUCAGAAGCAGACGUUUGUAAAAAAAUAAAAAAAAUUGAUUCAUUUAAUGAUAAUGGUGUGUGUUGAGAUAUGUUCAUCUUCACAAAGAGAUAAUUGAUGUAUUAGUUAAAUCUAACAAUUCAUGGGUAUUUAUAUUAGACUUCUGCAACAUAUAGCACAUUGUACUUCAGUAGCUCCACCAGAAAAAAAAAAAAAAAAUAAAUGGCUAACAGUGACCUGAUGCCUGCAGUCAUUAUGGAUGAUACUGGGCUUCUUUC